UUCGGGUCUGUGUGCUAACUUUAAUAAAAUAAUGUAAAGCCGUUACUUCUUGCCGUCUAAAAGUAGUCUUUAUUCUACAUUUUCAUCAGAAGAGUGCACUAAAAAUUGAUAACACAACACCUAUCAAUGAAAGAGAUCGCAGGUUCGGGAUUUGCUGUUGUUUGUUUUGUUUUUUUUUCGUUUGAUCAAGAUAAGAUCUGUUUACAUAUUAUUUUUCUUUCUGCAAAAGCUGUCAUUAUCAUGUGCUCAUUGCGCUGGUGAUUACCUUAAAAAUCAGCAUCAUGGAAUCAUUGGAGAGUGAAACCAUCACUGAGGAAAUAGUUACAUUCUUCACUACUCAACCUGUCUUCCCACAAGUCAUUGAUGGCACCAUCGACACUAAGAAUUUUUUAGAUGCCUCAAGGAGUGUCGUAGAGCUAAUAGAACGAUUAGGCAAGGGAUUUGCCUUCGUCAAGCACGAUGUUCAGGGAAACAUAGAGAAAUUGAACAAAAAGUAUUUAAUGGACCCUAAAAAUUUCCAAAGCCUAACUGAAAUGAUCAACCUGGAGCAUGCUGACGGUGGCAAAGUAUCCCGCGAUGCCCUUUUAUGGCUGAAAAGGGCGCUCAACUUUGUCGAAGUUUUUUUGGGAUUUUUAAUUGAAGACUUCCAUAAGAACAACAAUGAAGAUAUCAUAGUAAUUUUAAAAAAAGCCUACAAUACCACCUUACGUCAGCAUCAUGGCUGGAUCACCCAAAAAUUGUUUCUGGUUGUAGUACGGACAUGUCCCACCAAAAAUCAAAUGUAUUCGCUACUAGCACUUGGAAAUGAUAAGGUGGACCCUAAAUGCAUCAUCCAAGGAAUGGAAGCUUUUGUCAACAGCCUCAGUCUCAAUUUGACGGUAAUCAAUCAGUUUUACUCAGAUAAUAAUUUUGAAUCGUGAUAACCUUUCGUGCUCCUUCAUUGGUAGGUUGGCUCUUAUGCAUUAAUUUUUUUCAAAAAAAAUAUAAAAAGAAUGUCCAUCAUUUUUUCUUCAUUAUGUGGACAAUGAAUUGAAAAAUCUUGAUUGCGGUGCUUAAAAAGUCUAAAACUACUCUCCCAAGCUCGAAUGUAUAUCACAAAUUUCAAGUACCCAGCUUAAAUGUCGAUUCUGAAAUCUAUCAGUCCUUUCCUAAUUAAAUGAAAUGUCAAUGAGGACCUGAAAAUCGGAAAGUAAGUGAGAAAGCCAAUCCCUCUCACAAAGGAGUGGAUGGUCUUUAGAAGCCCACCUAUUCUUAACUUUAGGCAGAGAAAUUUAUAAAAUAUCCACUGUAAUACUUUUGAAUAACAAUCUUGGUUGCAUCUCAAAUACUAUUUUGCAUUGAAGAACAAACCAUUAUUUUAAAUCAUGACUCAAGAAAUGUACUACUUCAUACUGGGUGAGUUUUGCAGACUGUGUUCUGCUGAAUUUUCCUCUUGUUUUUUCAAUGAACCAUGUGCUCUCUGUCACUAUUAUUUCCCCAUUGAAAAAUGUUGAUAUCAUGAUUUACCUUAUCUGUUCUUGAACUAGAUUUUAUCUUCAAUUGCAAUUUUUAUUUUAGCCUCUGACCAGCUAAAGCUGCAAUUAUUGCUUAGUUGUAAUUUCUCAGGAAAAAAUGAGCGACUUUAGAAAAUGUGCUGACCAUUACUUAAGAUGCUUCUUCAGUACUUUGGAGACUUAACCAAUCGUUCAUUUUUGGAUUUUAGAACAUUUUUCAGGAAUUUCCAAGCAUCACAUACUGCUGAGGUAUAUCGAGUGUUUGUACAAAAAAUUUGACCAAGAAGCACUUUGGAACAACUCUGAAAGUAAGGUCCGAGUGAAUAUCGCAAAUUGAAAGGUAAAACAAUUCGCACUUAUGUUUGGAGUUAUUUGGAAUUGUUUCACGGUCAAAUUUUGACUCACUGCAGUGUUACGUAAUGCUCAGAACUUCUGCAAAAAUUUCCUAAAAUCCUGAAAUUAUUAAUCGAUCGAUCAACAAUUGAAUUAUUCUCCAUAUUGCUGAUGAGCCACCUUAAAGACAGUGCGAAUCAAAACUUUGUGCUAAGCGAAAAAAAGAAGAAAAGAAAGAUAAGAUGAACAUAAGGGUUAUGAUAUGUAGUGUGGCAUUCCUGUCAAUAAAAAAAGAAGUCUGAUUCAGGAGAGAAACUUAUUUUACUUACUGUUUAAUUUUAUUCUUUUACUAAGAGCUCAAAUAUUAUAUUAAGCAGCAUGUGCCAAAGUACUUACACGUUUGAUUUAUUGUCAUGGCAAAAUGAGAAUCAAGUCUUUGAGAGACUCAUGCAAAUACGGCUUCCUGUUUUCCCUGACUAAAGGGGUACAUUGUAUACUUGAAAGGGUGCUCGAACGAGCUUAGCUAUUCAUACUUUUGCUGGAUUGGUUGUAAAUGUUUCUUGAAUCAAAAGUUAAGAGCAUUCUUCGGAAAAGAAAUUUGGAGGAUUGUUUGUUAGGAAUAUUUUUAUUUUGGCCUUAUUUUUUUUCUUGUAAUUUAAUCUCCCUCCUCUUCAUUAUAUUUUCAAGGACAGUCAAAGCUACUGCAUGAAAGAUUUUUUUUUUAAUUACAACCAAGUAGAAUUUCUAAAAUUUGCCACCUGACAAAUAAAAAAAAAAAUCCAAUUUAUUUCUAUACCAUAAUUUGUACCUCUGCCCUGAUUCUCUAGCUUUUAUCUCAUGUAUCUUUCUUUUGGCACUUUGGUCAUUUUUAACUGUACAUGUCACUGCCUACUUCAUUUGAAAAACUGAAGUCACAGGAUGAGCAUAUAAAUUUGUGGGCGUCGUAAAAGUCUUGCCACCAAUCCUCUUAUGAGCCAAAAAAUGAACUUAGAGAGGUGUGAGUUGUAUGAGUUUUAAGAGUAAUUAGUUAACUUUCUAACCUGACUAUUUCCUCUAAGAAUGUCCGAGAUUUAGCAAAUUCUUGACUAAAUAAGCUUAAAAAGGUUGUAUUAGAAUGUUGUCAACAUGAUACAUAAGCUUACAAAACUUGCAAGUGCGAACCUCUUUUUAGGCAAGUUGUUAUUGUUGCAAACCAAUUAUUACCUCAGAAGUCUUCAAAAUCUUGCGUUCAAAAAUAAUUCCCGCUCCAACAACAUGCAUAACAUAAUUUUAAACAAAAUACAACUGUUCCUUCGAAACAAAAUAAAGUCUCCUAUCUUUUCGCUCCUAUAAUAGUUGGUAACAAGGCUUUUGGGACACCUAACAUAGAUUGUUAAUCGAAUUAUUCUUGAUCUUGUUUGAUUUCCCUUUUCUUUUCCACUGGUGCCUAGUUGAAUUGUUUUUGUUUUGAUGAGCUUAAGUUUUUCCUCUGUUUAUUGUUAUUCUUUUUUUUUUUUUUUGUUUUUUGUCAUCUCUGAAAAAUUGUCUGUUGAGUUAUCAAAUCAAACAAUAGGUGGAUAAUGUUACAAGCAUAUGAUGGCAAUAAAUUAGACAAAUUCGAGGUGUGAGGGACUCAGAGCCGUAUAAAUUUAUAAUUAAAACCGCUGAAAAAUUCUUAACUUUUAUUUUUUUUUACUACAAUGAAUUUCUCAGGUUUUAGUAUGUUUUGCUCAUAAACCAAUCACUCCAUCCAUUUAUUUUAAUUUUUCUUACAUCCUAAAAUAUUGCAAUCUAGAUUAUUCAUAUUCUUUUGAAUUCCAAAUGUAACUGAAUGUGGGAAACCCGGUGGUAUAAGUAGGUUUUUGGGCCACUUCCCCAAUCCCCAUUCUAUCUGAGGCGCUACGCCUUUUUUCUACUCUUUAUUCAAUCACUGCGCCCUUUGCAACACCACAUCUUCCCGUAUGGCUGAGGCAACAGGAGUGAAAGUUAUACCACCAGGAAUACUUUAUAUUAAUAUUUCUGGUUUCAUCCCUUGACAUUACAGCACCUACAUAUUUAUGCGUGAUCUACAUAUAAUAAUCUUACAGAGAAUUUUUCAAGUAUAACACAUUAUACCUUUAAAUUUCCUCACAUUCAGUUCAUAAUUAUAAGCUGUAGAUAUAUGUGUAUAUAUAGUUUCCGUCCUUUUGGGUAGUGACCACUCUCUAAAAAAUAUUUUCAUUUAGUUAAAUUCCUUUCAAAGAAACAGAAUGACCUUUCUUUGUACUGUUGUUGUCAACAGUAAUUUUUAAAAUGAAAAUAUUUGUUCUUCAAAUCGAAAUUAGAGGUUUGGAUGGAUUAUUCUUUUUGAAAUUAAGGCCUCUUGUCUCUAUUGAUGCUUCAACUCUAAAAUAUAUACCCAAAUGAAGGAUAAAAAUCGUUCUGCUCCAAAAAUUAAAUAAAUAUUUCACAAGCUCGUGUUAUUUUGAAAUCACUUAUUUAACUUGGGAUGCAUUUUCAUGGUUAAAGUUAAAAAUGUUUCUCCUGAAAUACUGAACUCAGUACUACUCUCCUGAAACUGAGUUGUGUCAUGAUACGAAAGGACCACCGACUGCAAAAAAAAAAAAACCUCUGCACCUAUAAUUUAUCAUGAUUGUCUUGCAACUUGAAGUACCUUUCGCAGUUUGAUUGUCUUUUUUUAUCAGUUUUCUUCUUUUGCCCUCUUUUUGUUUUAUGUACCUACUAGUCAAAACUAAGUUUCAAGGAGCAGAAGAAAGAGUCCUUAAUUUUUAAUUCCCGUCUUCCUCUCUAAGUGACUUUGCCUUCUUGUGGUCUUAAUCUAAAGAGUCUAUUUUUCUGAUCACUUGAGUGAUAAUUUGUUAUGAAUGGAAUGAAAUUGUAAGAAUUGUUAGUUUACAAAUUUCCUUGUUCUAUUAAAUUUUAUGAUUCUACUUGAAGUCGAAUCUUGUUUUUUUAGCAGCUGCAUAGCUAAGAAGAACUUAGUUAUCCGAAGCCAAGCACUGCAAAUCAUUUUUAAAAUCCUGUUAGUUAGGAUAGUCUUGAAACGUGCACUAAACUUGGCUUAAAACGAGGCGAAGUUUCUUCCCUACUUCUAGAUUGAUAUGGGAGAACGCAUCGUGAACUUCAGAAAUUUUCCGGGAAAAAUUGACUCAUGAAGUAUUUAUGCCGAAGAUACUUGUGUAGAUUUAUCCUAUUUUAAGAUACGCUCAAAGGCGAAUCUUGGGCGCUCAAAAAAGUUGAUUGCUCCUCUUAAGCGUAAAAGGUGAGUGGUGGAGAAGAGAUAAAAAAAGGCUGAUUUUAGGUUUUUUAAGAAAGAUUUGCUUUUCCCUGAAUCGGCCUAUGAAUAUUUCUAGUAAAGUUGAGAAGAAAUUAAAUAAAACCUAUGGCAUCUUUGAAUAAAAACACUUCAUAGGAGUAAGGGCUUAAAACAAUAUAAUGUUUCUUCUUUCACCCAGUAGUAGUAUCACCAAGAAAAUUAAAUGGUGUGAAAACAGCUCUCUUUUUCUGACUGUAGAUAUUGUGUUUAGGCAUGACUGUAACAAGUACCGCUUUCAGUAUUAAAUCUUCUCCCCUGAUAAGAACUGAAGAUAUUUAUACAGGAACUAUGUUUCACACAAACAUAACUCUAUUUUCAAAUCAUAUCUCAGUAAAAAGAACCUUGGCAUUCGUACUUUUCGUAGUUUCAAAUCUUCUCUUCAAUUUGCUGUACGUCUAACCACAUACUUGAUCCUCUCAAGUAAAAUGAAUUUCAGGUUUCUAAUUGUAAUUAAUCCUAGUGAAACUGUGAUGUAAUUAGUGAAUUUACCCACUCCAAGAUGAAAUGUUGCAUCGUUUGUCAACUAUAUUAUGAUAAGAUUCUUCUAUAUGUUAAAUGAAAAGUCUCAUCUUUUGCUCAUUAAUGUGCACUGUUUUUCGUUCUCUCUUGUUACUUGUUCUAUUUUACUUAUUUACACAGGCAGUUAAUUAAAGUUGCGUUAUGUAUAUUGUGCAAA